UUAAAAUUAAAUGUAUUUAUAUACACAUAUAUGUAAAAAAAUGUGUGAAAGCGCUAAUAAUGAUUUGCAAUUGUGUCCUGCAACAUUUGCUACUUUAAAUGAGUUUUUUAAAAAGAAGAAAGAAGAAAGGAAAAAUCAAUCAAAACAUAUUUUAAAAAGUUAAUAUUAAAAUUUUUUUUUAUAACAAUUGGCAAUUAAGUCAAUUUUGGUAUGAUGAAAAAACAACAAAUACUCUUGUGCUAUAUGGUAUACAGAAUACAAUGGAAAAAUUGCAAUACCUUAUAUCCUAUACUUUAUAACAGACUUAAAAAGAACCGUGGCGGAACUCAGGGCAAGCGUAUUCUUAGCUCUAGAAGAACAAGAAUCCGUAAUGAAUCCAGAACCACUUCUCAAUAAAACCGUAAAACAGUACCUGGCUAAUUCAGAAGGAAAAUUAUUGUUUUCCUUGGUUAGGGAGUUCCUAGAGUAUUUUGGUCUUGAUUAUACAAUAUCUGUAUAUGAUCCAGAAACUUACUUUGGAAAAGAAUAUAAUUAUGUUGGAAGAAAUAAAUUAUGUGAAGAAUUAGGUAUUGAAUCUAAUGAGCCAUUACUUGGAGAAAUUUUAAAAAAUAGCAUGAAUAGUGCCUUUAAUAACACACAGAAGAAUGAAACUGACAGCAAAUUUAGUACAACUGAAACAACAACAAAUAUUGCUAAUACCACGUUUGAAAUUUCCAUUCCAAAAGUAUUAAAUAAUGAAACCACAUUUUUGUCAAAUGAUAAUGAUGUAUCAGAUAAAUUAGAAAGCAUUUCACAGCAAAGUCCAAAACUUCCAAUAAAUGUGACAAUAACUGAUAAAAAAAAUAAAGAAACAUCUGUUCGUGUUUCCAUAGAUGAGUUAAAUUGUGAGAUACAAAAUGAUUCUCUCAGGAAUAGUACAACUUCUGAAUACAAUGAAAAGAAUGAUGGAAUUGAUAGUAAAGGGAACAAUAGUACGAAUUUUGAUACACUUGUUACAAGUCCAAAUGGCACAAGUACAGUGAUGAAUCAUACAACAAAGGAGACUGAGAUAGAUACACUCAUUCAAACAAGUUUACUAAAUAAAACCGAGCCUUUAAUUAAGUUUGAUGAAUCUAUAGUUACUGAAAUGCAAACAAAUCAAAAUGAAGAUAUAAGUAAGCAAAAUAAUAUAAAUAGUUUGGAAUUACAAAUAGUAAAUAAUAUACAAAACAGAAAACCAGUUAAUACUGGAAACAGUUUUGGAAGAACUGUAUACUUUGGAGAAAUUAUUGUUGAUGGAAAAAGAGAGAAUAUUAAUGAUAUACAUAAUACAGACACCUUUUUACAAGAUUUACCAUCUUUAGAUAAAAAAUCACAUUCUAUACUUAGUAAUCUCCCGCCAUUAAAUGGUAAAAAAACUAAUAUUAAUGACUUAAAGGAAUUGAUGGAUAUUGGGCUUGGAACUGAUGGUAUAGAUAAUUAUGAAGAAGAUUUUGUUUCGUCUGCAUCUGGUAGUGCUUAUGAUCAAAGUCCUUCUAAGAAUCCUGAAAAAUCAGAUAGUCCAAUAAAAUCACAAACGAAAAAACAAGAUAAAAUUCAUAGUAAUAGCGAGGAUAUAAGUGAAGAAAUUGAAGAUAUAAAUGAUAUACUAAGCAGUACAUCGUGUCUUGAAGAUAUAAACAUGGAUAAAAAUAUGUCAAAUUUUGCAACGGGUAUUACAGCAAAUUGUGCAAAGGAACUGUAAUUCAUGAAUUGCACCACUAGAGAGUUAUUGUAAGAAUUUUAAAAUGUUAUUUCAUUUAUAGCAUUGAUAUUCAAUAUCCUAUAUCAGGGCAUCAAGUAUAUUAAUGCAAAUUGCUAUGGAUUUAUAAAUUUGCAAAAUUAUUUGAUUUCUAACAUGGCACUGCCGUUUAUGGCUCAAUACUUAUAAGUUUCCUACAAAAAACGUAGAAGGGAAAUGUCUGAAUAUAUAUUUAUAAAUGUCAUAUUUUCCCUAUUUUAUAAGAACUUUUUAUCAAAAAUGUAUUUUUAUAAAUCAUAAAUUUUAUUUUAACAAUAUUUAAGAAUUUUUAAACAGAAAUUCUAUCGAAAUAUUCUAUAUUUAUCUACAUUGGUGACAUGAAAAACUUAGCUUUUUGUAAAAUAAUAUCAAAUAUUAUUAUAACUAAACAGAUGAACUGCCAUUAUUUUUUGCUAUUAUAAUAAAGUAAAUUAUAUUUAUAAUUGAGAUU